CCUCCAACAAACUUUCUCCUUAGCCAGGCUGACCCCUCCGAAGCUUUCUCUUCUCUUCCUGCCCCUCCCCACUUUCUGCUGUAAUCAGAUCCACCUGUUGCAGGUGCCCUAGCUGUGGGGACAAGCAUCUGGCAGGUAUAGGGUGUCAAGCUGAAGCCUUGAGGAAGCCUUUGAAAGGGGGCAAGCAGGUAGACGUUCUAAGCUAGACACCAGACCUGCCCAAGAAGGGAAGAAGUCCUUAGCAUGAAGUGUGUGAAAUGCUGUGACUGAUUUAGCUAGCCAAAAGAAAAAUAUCAAGUCUUCUUAUGGAAGGGUAUUUGAAUGCAGGUGGGAGCAGAGUAGUGAGAAAGAUGGUUGGGGGAGAGUUGGUGACAUUUGUUGAGGUAAAAGACCCAGGCGAGUAGUUUAGUUUGAGCCAUGCCAAAGGUGCCUGUGGGAUAUCCCCGCAGGGCCAGGGAGGCAGGUGGGUCUGUGAUGGAAACUGGAGAGCCAGUCUGCAUCAAGAGGUACUUCCUAGACCUUGGGGAGGCAUCCCGCACAGCAAGUGGGGGGGUAGGUCCGCUUGUACGAAAAGAGCACCUUUGUGAUGUUCCGCACACCUUAGCCUGCUCUCCCCUGCUGCCUCCACGAUAUAGAAGCAUCCAGAAUUUUAGGCUCCAAUAAACUUACAGUAGAGAAGGUUCUCUUUUAUCUCUUCCCAUUUUUUCACUCUCAGUAUUGGGAAAAGGAUACUGUCACCCGGUUUUUGCAAUAAUGAGGCCAGAACAAGAGAGUGAUGGUCGCCAGGUAGUGAUGGCUAACAGCCCGACUAUUAUAAAGUGUCCAAAGACAAAAACUAACGUCUGAAUUCUCCAAGGCCGAGCGGCCAACAGCCUCCAGUGCUCUUUGUUCUGCAAACCCGGGCAGGAGCUCUCGGGAGACUCCGGACCGUGGUGGCAGCGCGUUUUACGCGCUGGCGCUUGUAGCCGCCGCGGCCAUCUUGGCUGAGGGUACAAAGACAAAGCAACUGGGAGCUGCUGAGUGGCGUCACCGUAGGCACGACUACGUGGGAACAAAGUUCGAGAGGCCGUGCUGCCGCCAUCUUUUACGAUGGCAUCUUCCCGUUUUGAUUAUGUCCCUGAAGCCACUAGCUUUUGGUUUUCAUCCACUCUAAUGGCCCACGAGAGCGGGUCCUGAUCACGGCCCUCCGGCCCUGCGGUCCGCGCUGCGGGGCGUUCUUGAGUAAACCCAGGCCCGGCAAGGAGAGGUGGCUGGCCCGCCGCCGGGGCUGCCAGUUCUUAUGGCACCGCCUGUAGCCCAGCUCCCUGCCCGUGAACCAAACGGGGCCGGGUCCGAGCGCAGGAAGCCUGGGGCCGUGAGCUUCGCAGACGUGGCUGUGUACUUCUCCCCAGAGGAAUGGGGGUGUCUGCGGCCCGCGCAGAGGACCCUGUACCGGGACGUGAUGCGGGAGACCUACGGUCACCUGGGCGCGCUUGGUGAGGCCCUCCCCGAUCGCCUGGGCCCACAUCCCGGAGUUGGAGGCACCAAGCCAGCGCUCAUCUCCUGGGUGGAGGAAGAGGCCGAACUAUGGGGUCCAGAUGCCCAAGAUCCCGAAGUGGCUCGGUGCACGACAGAUGCGGACCCAGAUUCCAGAAACAAGGAAGAGAAAAGACAAAGAGAAGGGAUAGAAGCACUGGAGAAGAUCUUUACUAUGGCUGCCCAGCCUCCUGAUCUGAAGGCUCCCCAGCUGCCCUCUGAUGGGUUCCCUUAUGGUUUGAAGCAGCUAUUCAAGGCACCUGCUCGGGGUCGUCCCCCACUCUGUGCCCAUCCCCCUGUCCCACGAGCAGACAAGCGUCAUGGCUGCUACCUGUGCGGGAAGAGCUUUGCAUGGCGUUCCACACUGGUGGAGCACCUCUAUACUCACACAGGCGAGAAGCCGUUCUGCUGCCCUGACUGUGGAAAGGGCUUCAGCCAGGCUUCCUCCCUCAGCAAACACAGGGCCACCCACCGAGGGGAGCGGCCCCACCGCUGCCCUGAUUGUGGCCGGGCCUUCACCCAGCGCUCUGCCCUCACCACCCACCUGCGGGUCCACACAGGCGAGAAGCCCUACUGCUGUGCUGACUGCGGCCGCUGCUUCAGCCAGAGCUCUGCCCUCUACCAGCACCAGCGGGUUCACAGUGGCGAGACCCCUUUCCCCUGUUCAGACUGUGGUCGUGCCUUCGCCCAUGCUUCAGACCUUCGGCGCCAUGUGCGCACCCACACAGGCGAGAAGCCCUACCCGUGCCCAGACUGUGGGCGCUGCUUCCGCCAGAGCUCUGAGAUGGCAGCUCACAGGCGCACUCACAGUGGCGAGCGUCCCUACCCCUGUCCUCAGUGUGGCAGAUGUUUUGGCCAGAAGUCAGCCAUGGCCAAGCACCAGUGGGUUCAUCGGCCAGGGGCUUCUGGGCACAGGGGCCGGGGUGCUAGUGGGCUGUCUGUGCCCUUGGCUCCUGGUAGAGGGGACCUAGACCCACCUGUUGGCUUCCAACUCUACCCAGAGAUAUUCCAGGAGUGUGGGUGAUGGCCUCAAAAGUGACAAGGCAAAGGGUGAAGAUGUAGACAUUGCCUACAGGCAGGGCUCAGGAAUCCUGGUAAGAGCUGGAUCUGGGGCAUAAGGACAGUGCAUCUUAGGCUCAUUUGCUGAUUCUUUGCUCCCUACUGCCCCAGACUAAAGGGCCCCCUUUGUUGAGGCAAGGUUGAGGUAAAAACUCCCACUAAACCUCCAUAUGGGGAAGCAAAUGUUUCUCAGGUCAGAGAUGUUAAAGGGAAAACCUUGUUUUAACCUUUUUGUUUUUGUUGUACAAGUUAAAACCCAAAGGCUAUGUACUGAUCUGGCCUGCAGCUGCCCUAUGUAUAUAUGUAUUUUGGCUGAGGCAGUAUUUUUAAGUUUUUAAGUGUUAUAAAUUAGUAGUCAAGAUUUAAAAGUCAGGUUAUUUUACACAAAAAUCCUUGUUUCUGGCUUCUCUUAAAAAAUCCAAAGAUUGGGCAGUUUGACCCAAGCUCCCACAAAGCCACAAGUGGUGGGAGCUGAGCAGCAGCUGCCUGCAUGGAUGAAGCCAGUGCCAGAGUUUUCCCUUUACCUUGGCCUUGCCACUCAUUACUGACUUCUGAUCGAGCAUCAGGUGCCAUUUUGUCGUGGCUCAUAUUUAGUGUUUUUGGUGCUUAAAAGUAGAACAAAGAAGAACAUGAAAUAUUUCUUUUUCUUUCUUUUUUUUGAGACAGAGUCUCGCUAUGUUGCCCUCAUAGUGGGCACCAUAGUUGCCACCAUAG